UGUGGGCUUCAGUCAGCAGCAGCAGCGAGGAAACUAUAGAGCCCAAUUAUACAAGCAUAGAGCAGCUGUUUUGCUUUCCACAGCCAACCCCCAAGGAGAAAACGGCUGCACCGGUGAAGGCAGAACCGAAGGAGCUCCAACGAAGAGGUGGCUGCCAUGGUCCAGAACGGGGACCGGACAAAAUUUGAUGUUGAGGUCCUGAAGCAGUUGCUGAAGCUGCUGCCUGAAAAGCAUGAGAUAGAAAACCUGAAGGCCUUCAAAGAAGAGAAAUCAAAGCUAGCAAACGCAGAUCAGUUUUAUCUUCUCCUCCUCCAGAUUCCCAGUUACCAGCUGCGGAUUGAAUGUAUGCUGAUCUGUGAGGAGACCACCGUUGUGCUGGACAUGAUUCAGCCAAAAGCUGGAGCCAUCCGGAGAGCCUGCGAAGAUCUUCUGAACAGUCAUCGCCUGCCGCUCUUCUGUCAACUGAUUCUCAAAGUUGGAAACUUUCUGAACUAUGGAAGCCACACGGGGGAUGCUGAUGGGUUUAAAAUCAGCACUUUACUCAAACUAACAGAAACCAAAGCCAACCAAACACGCAUUACGCUGCUCCACCAUAUUCUGGAGGAAGUAGAAAACAGCCACACGGACCUACUGGAACUGCCAGAAGAUCUUGAAUACGUUUCAAAAGCAGCAGGAAUUAAUCUUGAUAUUAUACGCUCUGAGUCCAGUACCAAUCUAAAGAAAUUGCUGGAGCUUCAACGAAAGGUCUCAUCAUCAAAUGAUGAUGUGAAACAACAGUAUGAGAAGCCUAUCCAGGAUAGCAUUGAUGCCGCCAGAAAGCUGGAAGAAGAAUUUGAAACCAUCGACAGGAAAAGAGAAGAGCUUGCAAAUUAUCUCUGUGAAGACCCAAGCAAGUUGUCCUUAGAGGACAUAUUUAGCACCAUGAAGACCUUCAGAGAUCUCUUCAUUCGAGCCCUGAAGGAAAACAAGGACAGAAAGGAGCAAGCUGCAAAAGCAGAGAAGAGGAAGAAACAGCUGGAAGAAGAAGAGGGGAAGAGACAGAAGGGAGAAAAUGGAAAAGUCAUUAAGAAGGGGGUGGUGAAGCAGGAGGAGGUGUGCGUCAUUGAUGCGUUGCUGGCCGACAUAAGGAAAGGGUUCACACUGAGAAAGACAAAGAACAGACACGAGUCGGAUGCACUUCCUAAAACCUUGCCUGUGGAGAGCCCAGAGGAGAACCAGGCUGGGAAGAGCAUUAAGGAUCCACAAGCUGGAGGAAUGCAGAUCGAUGAUAAGGCCAAGCAAAACAGUGAUGGUCAUCCCUCAGAAAGCACCACCACCUCGACCACAACUAUCCCAGAGAUGGGUAAAGAUGUUACAGAUGCCUCAGCUCCAAACCAAGCAUUACCUGAAAACAACACUGGAGGAAAUUUGCCACCCGGGUCCCGGACAGAAGGCCACCUGGUGGAAGCUGAUGGAACCAGUCAGCCUGAGCAAGGUGCUGGGAUGGCAAACCUCCAGCCAAGCACAAAGAGCAGCUCCAUUGCCUUGUCUCCCACUAACAUAGGUGCUGGGAUAAAGUUUGUGAGCAGCAGUUCAGGCGCUGCUCUGAGAGAGCAGCUCAAUGGGUCUAUCUCAGAGGAGCAGGACAACGAACGCCCAGGGAAUGGCUUGGAGAGCUGCAGGCUGGCGCAGGAGCAGGACACCCGGCUGAGCCAGGACGGGGUCGAGCCUGGCAGUGCUCCAUCCUCUCCCUGUGACAAGGCUCACCAGGCAGGGUCAAAAGAGAUGGCAAAGGAGAACGAAGAACCUGGUACAGACUCGCUGUUGGACACCUCUCAAGAGAAGUCCUUCUCGGAGGAGCCAGCCACCGACUCCUCUUGUUCAGCAACACUGCCCCCAGGGCAAAGUCAUACAGACAGGGAAAAACAGAGGACGUCUGGAAAACGGAGGAAGAAGAGACACAGCAAAAGCUACUCAGCAGAGGUUGAGACUGAUACUGGAGAUAAUAAAACAAAACUAGGUUGUGUGGUACAAUGAGGUAUGUAAACUCGCAAAGGCAUUUUUCUGUGAACUAACCCUAGCACUGGGACUUUACAGACCUAAUCAGUAUUCAGCAUAUCAGCUAAGCUUUUUGUCUUUGUGUCUAAUCACAAAUACAUUUAAAAUAAAUUUGCUACUCUGAUUUUUACUCUUCAGGGUGUUGAUCUUGUGUUGAGUGGAGUCAGUGCUGAUCUCCCCACAACACAGGGUCACAUCCCACAUGUCUGUCCUCUGUGUCAACAGCAGCCAAUCCACCUUUCCCUGCAGAUAAUUAAAAGUCAGUAUUCUAACCAAAUGAAUCCAGCUUCAUGUGAUAAACAGUCCUUGCUUUUAUCCCAUAAUUUUCUCAAAAAUAGUAAAAAUGCAAUUUCAGUACCUACCUUCUGCAAAGAACAACAUUUGGUUUGCUUGUGGAUAGCCACUUUAUACAGCACUGUGUACAUACAGGCCUCUGGAAGAGAAUAAAACACUGAACCCAGGGAAAAAUACUCAUUGGAACAAGAUAGCAGCUCCAACUCAAAGCCAAGUUCAAUUCCUCAUGAUACUGCACACGAAGUAGUGCAUUGGAGCAAACAAACUGUGCAUACUUCUCGUGUGCAUUCAUGCAUCUUUCUGGGAGGAGGUAAUUUGGCUUUUGUCACUAAAAAAAAGUAACACAGGUAAACCCUAUUUCUAACAAAAGUACAUACCAAGUUCCCUGCAUCCUUCACUGAUACUGUCAGCAUAGUUGCCCAUCAUAAGAAAACUUCAGACUGAGACUUCAUUUAUGAAAGUUUGCCUGUUUUUAUAGCAAGUGGAAAGAAAUGCCAGAAAAAGAAGCAAUCAAAACAUGCCAUGUACUGAAAUUGCAUGGUUACUCAUUGUCCUUUCCAUGCUGAUUGAGUGUCUCUUAUGAACUGAAUCAAUGAUGCCAAAUCUCACUCUCUCAUUUCCUGAAAGAAAUGUGUUUAUUCUUCAGCAUCCCCUGUGCCUGGGGGGCUGGGAGCCCUGCUCCUGCCCAGCCCAAGGCCCCAGGGGCAUGGAACAGAGGAAGCUCUGCAGGAUUUCCACAUAUGGUUACUUUUGUUUCUGCACCUGAAGCAUCACUGCAAGCAAGAGAAAAUGAGACAUAUAUUGGGGUAGUUACACUCCUGACUAUUCCUGCCCACUCCUCUUGGCCCCUUCUGUACUGCACCACUGGAUUAUAUCACGGGUAAAAGGGAAGUAGCACUGUCAGUUUAAAAGUCCUAAUGAAGAUUUCCAGCAAGAGCAAGAAAUAGUAGCAGUGAGGCUUGGGUAAGAAACAGAGGAGGACCACUGGUUUUGCUGCACCGGGAGGGCAGCUGAAACCAGGAGCCAUGUAACUCAGAUUAUGUAUGUUUUAAACACAGGGAUUCCAGCACACAGGCUUUAAAAAAAAUAAUAUUUGAAAAAAAAAAAUGGAUAUGCAGACAGCUUUGUAGUCUCCUUUGAAGACGUAGGAAAGCAAUAUAGAGGAAGGCAUGGAAAACCAGAACUUUUAGGAAGUGACUGAGUCAGGCAACUGUUCAAGUACUUCCUCAAAAGGCCAGCAGCUCCCGCAAGUGUUUGCUGCUGCAAAGGAAGUAGCGAGCAGCACCUUAAAACCUGUAAUUUCCCUUUUCCCCUCCUCCCAUUGUUACGUCAUUUGGAAAGGUUAUCAGAAACAAAAUCCAUUUGCUUCUCUUAGUCUCCAGCUGCAGUGUGUCCUCACCCAAAUGCAACUCAAGUCUGCCUCUUGAUAUGACAGCCUCAGCAAACCUGAAGUGCUCCCCAUCAAAUGAUGGGGAAACCCAGGAAAAGAAAUUAAAUAUUUUUUCCUCGGGUGAUCCACCUGAUUUAUAACCCUGCCUAUCUUUGUUCAGAUCACCUUUGAUCUCUUGGCCCAAAUACACAGUCUGUUCAGGUCACAGCACCAGUUCUCUUGGUACAGGAUAUUUCUCUGCCUGACUUGCUGGAGCUCGAAUUUGCUGGGCUGAAGUGAAGCUGCAGGAAUCUUCCUUCAUGUGCAGAUCCAGUUGUAGCGAUCAAGACUUAGUCUCCUUUUUCCCUAAAUCUUCACAGCUUCUGUAACAUCGGAGUAAGGGCCUACCAGGAACAGCCUGUGGCUCUAUGAAGUAAUACUUCAGAGCUGUAAAAGGACGGCUGUAAGCAGCUAUUCAGCUCUUCCUUUUCAACUAUAAGUUGUUAUACAGCAGUUUCUGUAUUACCAUCGUUAUUCUUUAAAUGUCAGCUUUCGUACCCAAAGAGUGGUGUCUCAUGUUAUCUCCGUAUUCCUGAAAGAAAUGGUUUAGCCCAUUUCCCAUGGUAUCAAGGUACUGGUGGUCACCCUGUGUGUGUGUGUGUCCUGGUAACAUCCUAAACUCAUUUCCAACCACAUUUGAAAAAGAAUUUGAAGAAAGAACAUUUUACAAAAGCUGACAGUCAGGGGACACUGUACAAAGGCCUGGACUCGGAGCUGUUUCAGUUUCCUUGUAUGGAACCAAAAUAGCAUAAUUAAGCUAAUGGUUGUUUUCCUGUACGACAUUUGCCUUCAUGUUUGUCAUUAGAAAUUCUUCAGUCCUUGAGUGGGACAGGUGCUUAAAAAUGACAGUACACAGCUCUGUCCUUCUGACAGUCCAGACUUCCUCAAGAAACACCUCUGAUCAGAUGGGAGCCUGCCCACAGGUCAGGGAGCAAAGGCACAGGAUACACACGUUGCUGCAUCAUACUCUGACAAAAAUUAUGUUCGUGCCCUCUGAGUCCCCCUCCUCAUGGCCAGGGCCCAGCUCUGCUCCCCAUUAGCACCCCUCACACAAGGUGGGAGAUCCUUCAUCUGCAUGAAAUGCCACACACAGACUUCGUUUCACAACAGUUUGACAGUGGGGCCCAGGACUAAAGUACUGGACAAAAUGUCCUUUGGACAAAACAAGGUGAGUCUCCAGAUUUAUUAGUUCAACAAUAUAAUGCCUAGAAGUAUAUCCCAUUAUUCUGCUUGGAAAACACAAAACUCACGUUGUUGGACCAAACCAGUACCUAGCUUAAAAGCAGAGUUGCCCAGACCCUUGAACAUCAGUGCCAGUUCUGGAAAUAUAGCAGAUGUUUUUAUCACAUACAUAAAGUUUUAGCACUACCAGUUUAAGUUAUCUGAGGGACAUGAAACCAGUUCCCCUAGACCACUCUCAUUUUCGAGUUGCAAACAGUUUUUAUCUUCCCCUCCUCCUGCAGGCGUCACAGCAAGGCAGAAGAAAUAACGGAGGCAUGGACACGCGCUAACUCGUCCCCAGAGCAAUGCCAGCUGCUCGGAAGCCAGGCUCUGCGUCGCUGAAACACCUCCCGCAGCCACCUCUGCCCUGACCAGACGCCGUGCUCCCCCUCAAGCAGCCUUCCACCCCUUGCCCAAAGGCCCGACGAGCUGCCCCGGAGACAUCAGCACCCUCAGCCCCUGCCUUACGCGACCUGCGCUGCGCCCUGGCACCCAUGGGGACAUGGGCCUGGUCGAUGCGCAGUGGUGGGGAAGGCAUGGGUCUCUCGGCUUCCAUCCCCAAAGCCAAAUUCCUCUGCCUGCUCUUAGGCCAAACUCCUCUUGAUGUGCCAGCUGAGUGUGGCCCAAGAAAGGACUGCAGUGUUCAGCCCUCGGAGGAAUUUUAAAAAUAGCAGUGCCUCGACUAAAUGAAGAGUAUAAAUUCAGCAGUGGCUGUACCCUCACAGGGAGAAGCGUGUUACUCCCCCUUCCCAUUGCCUACUGUCAAUUUAUAUUCGACUAGAUCCAAAACCCAGAUCAGACAUAUGUAUUUGCACUCUCAAUCAUUUAAAGCAAGGAAAAUCAGUUAUAGGAACAAAACAAAAAAUGCAGUUUUGUAAAUGUCUAUAUAAACAGUGUCUGGCUCCCAGAUAGUGCUUAUGCGCAAUUAAGUUGAAGCACAUCUGUAGCCUUGCAGUAGUCUUCUCACACAGACAGGUACGUGCGUAAAUUUUCGGAGAAUCAGGGCCCAAGCUCCUGUUAUUAAAGCAACAGAAAGAGUUUUUUCAGGGUGCUUGGUUAGAUGUAUUUUAAGCUUAUUUAGUAAAUCUCCAGGUUUUAAUACCAUUGUCAGCUGCUUGCACUCAGAAGCCUUUGCAUUCGAGCUGCAGAACGUGUACGUUCAUGUUACUUUUGCUUUGAAACUGGGAAUGUGCAGUAUUGUGUUUUAAAGACUCAGAGCUUUAUUUCUUAAGUUUUGUAAUAACAUUGUAUCAUAGUUUUGUACAUAGCUGUCGAUUUAAAAUUAUCGAUGUUUAUUGAAUUUAUGAUGUGAUAGUGUGCUGAAACAUGAAUCAAGUGGAAGAGAUUGUUACAUUUAAGAACUCUGCCUUUGUAUGGUAACCACUGUGUUUAGACUAAUGUUCAGGCUAAAGCUUAUUUUGCUUUGCUGAAUAGGACUUGUAACGUCCUUGUAAUACUGAACACUUUGCUGGACUAAUUUAGAAGUUACACCAAGAAUUAAAUCACUGGUUUCUUUUAAUCUAAGCAUUGUUACUGAAAAUCAGUUAACAAAAGCAAAGAUGAAUUUAAAGUAGACGCAUGGGCAGACUCAGGUCAGGAAGCCCCACAGAGCAGUACAGCCCUGUUGCAGCUCAAAUCUGGUUCGUAGCUGGCAGAAGCAGGCUGAGCUCCACCCUUUCCUGCAAAACUGGAUAACCCACCCCAGGUUUAACUUGUGUGACUGUCACAUUUACAGUUUUCUCUUUCCUUCCUCCCCCUUCCAGUCUCAGAGCAUGUCACCCAUGUAUCAAUCUUUCUUGCUCUAAUUAAUCCAAUUUAUCUGCUCUCAGAUUAGACCCCAGCCUACAAAAAAUCUGAGUAUCAAAGAUUUUCUCAGCACCUUUGCAACCUCCAAGUUUCCAGCAGGAGCCUGCAGCCCAGGUUGGCAGUGAGCAGCCAGCCUCCUCCAGCCCCCACCUUGUUGUUUUAUCAAUAG